GAAGAAAAAAAAAGAAAUCCGGAGUAUUUUGAUCUUUGUGGCUUUAUAUGGACUUCAUAAGCUUUGUUUGUUCUACUGCCAAGCUUUCUUUGUGUUUAAAUAGAUAACAGACUGAGACAAUGAAUCAUUUCCAACAGUAAUAAUAAAAAAUAAAAACAACCCCCCAAAGCAUUCCCUUUCUUUUCCAGUUAAUGAUAGUAAACACGUUCUCCUAGACAAGGCUCAUGACCUCAGCACUUGUGACUUAUUUUUUCUCCUUUUCAAAAGCUGUUGCCCCAGGCACAGACAGGGCUCUGCACCCUCCACGUUUAUGGAAAGCAUCUUGACAAAGGGCUCCAGGAGCAUAUUUCUGGGAAAGGUUGUUGUAAAUAUGAUGUGUGAAAACAGCCUCACCUACCUUUAAAGAAGCAGAAUGGUCGGUAGUGCAACCAUUUCUUCCUUUUGGAUUGUGAAUGCUAUUUAUGGAGAAAGAAGAAAUGAAUUUCAAACGGAACUAUCACUGUUAUGCAAAAUGCUUGCAGAUUGUUAGCCUACCAGUGGGAGGGGUAUCUGCUGGCACUAUUUCCAGAGGCUUUGCAUUUGAAGAGAAAAUGUACCCAAUCAAAACUGCCUCUAUUACUGAAGUAAACAAAUCUGAAUGUCUUUGACACCAAGAUAAGUUGUUUAGAUGAUUCAUAGAUAAUCAUCAGUGCAAGGGCCUUUUUGCACUUAAAAAAGUGGUUUUGUAAUGAAAAUAACAUAGAAUUCAAGAUGCUGUAGUGACACAGUUUUUCUUCAGCUUAAGGUUUUUAUCACACUACAAGCUGUUUAGGAUGACACAUUUGUGCAGCGAAGAGUUGUGUGUCAACAACAAAUGUAUUCAGGAUUCAGUAACCUGGGAAUGUACAUUAGCCAAAAGCAGAAAGGGACGCUAUUAUAAUUGGAAUAGGGAUAGAAAAUGAACAUUGCAUGAAUUGCUCAUCUGGAUUAUAUAUUUCUUCAGAAGCUGUGUGCUCAGUAUGCACUCUCACAGUCUCUGAGACUGGUUGUCCAUAUUAGAGAUUAAGGCUCUAAAUGUGAAAGCAGAAGAUAGCCUCAGGAACUUGGAAUUCAUGAAGCCUGUAAAAGUCUACUUUACACCAGUCGCUGAGGGGAAGGGGUAAGAUCUUCUGUAGGUCCAGCGUGCUGCGUCUUGUAUGUUGUCUCUGGCAAGAAGUAAGUGUAUUUAUUCUAUUUCCCAGGUCUAUUAUUCCUGUGGUGCGGUGGUGGAGUCAAUGGAAAGAGGCCUGAUUUUAUCACCAGGAUUUCCAAACAACUACUACCCGGGGACACACUGCGUUUGGCAAUUUUUCAUUCCCAUAAGAACACAUCUUAUCUUGGAAAUUUUUGACUUUGACAUUUUUGAGAGCUCUAGUGAAACUCCAACCCCUUGGGAUGGCUUUCCAGCUGCUGCGAUAACAGGAAAUAAGGACGUGACUCCUCCCGAGGAAAACCUGGACUUUGUUCUCCAGACUACAAAAUCCUCUCUUCAGAGCUGGAUGUCAAAGGCAGCUCAGAAUCUGAGCGGUGCAGAAGAUCAGUCAAAAGGACUUCCUGGCCACCUGGACGAACUUCCAGGAGCAGCCUCAAGGAAAGAUGAAGCCAAACAGAUGUCCGAAGGAAACCAGUCAAAACAGAUGAAGGAACCCAAAGCGAUUACGGAGACUCAAACAGAAGAACAGCCAUUACCUGAUUCUGGUGGUGCCAAAACACAGAGGCAAAAUGUUAGCGGCCAAGAAACAAAAGAAGGUUGGAAAGGCAAUAUUUUGUUUGCCCAUCUAGCUGCUAGUGAGAGAGAUGAAAGUCUGGGAGAGAGCUGGACGCUUCCCACAACAAUACUGCCAGUGGAAAUCUCCAGCCAGCAGCCGGCAGUGGAUGUCUGUCCCCACGAUGUACUGUAUGUUUCAGAUCUCAUCACGUUUUCCUCUCGUUUCUGUGGACCAAAUUCACCUUUAAACAGGACCAUGGUCUUUGGUUCGUCUCUGGAAAUGGUUGAGGUUAUCAUGGAACUCAUUACCACCACCAACCGGGGCAGAGGCUUCGCAAUGCUCUUUGAAUACAAGAACAUCACGGAACCCAACACUGUGGAUGCUGUGAGGCAGGAGAGAAUGGAAAACAUACUGAUGCUGGCAAUUUUAACAGGGACCGUCUUCUUUGCACUUGCUUUGCUCUCUGCCCUCUGCAUAGCUUGCAGGCAGAGAACGUGCCCCAAAAGGAGCUCAUCCAACGUAUGCAGUGACCAGGAGGUUAGUGCUAAUGGCUUCAGCAAUUUCUGUUUCUCUCUUUCAUAUUGGCUGUUGCACUGUUUAUCUGACAAUGUUUACUGGGGCAUGUUCUGAGUUGUAGAAUGGGAUCCAGA